UGCGCGCCGUCGGGUCUGGUACCCUGUGCCAAAAGGACUUCACCCCACCUCCCCAAGAGGAAAUAACGGCGGCUCUUCUCUCCGCUCGGCUGCAUUCAAGCAAAGGUUAAGCCGCGGAGGGCGAGGAGCGUCAACUAAGGAUACAAGUUUGAGAUCAAGAUGUCAGGAGCAGGUGCGGGAUGCGGUGUUAGUGGAACAAGCCUCUGAGUUCAUCUGGGUGACACUAAACUCCACCACCAUGCAUCUCUGGAGUGCUGAGGUGGCACCACACCUGCUCCAGACACAUUAACCACAGUCAGGGUUCACCCAAUGGCCUUCCAGCGUCACGCGGCCUCAGCUUGCUCAGUGCUCAGCGCACCCUUCGCCCAUCGCUGUGAUGAAGACCGCCAGCCGUGCCCAGCCCCGCAGCAGUCCUCCACUGGUCCAGAUGAGGCGCUACACACCUGGGGUGUAUCCUUUCUUGUUCCCGUCGAUCAUCAGCUCCCUGCCGCAGCUGCCGCCACCGUCACCGCAGAGGCUGCAGAUCCAGCAGCCGUCCAGCAGUGGCAGCACACCCUCGCCUGUUGCCAUUGAAACACAGAGCACCAGUUCUGAGGAGCUCGUCCCCAGCCCGCCGUCCCCGCCGGCCCCUCCUAGAGUCUACAAGCCCUGCUUCGUCUGCCAGGACAAGUCCUCUGGAUACCACUAUGGUGUCAGUGCUUGUGAGGGCUGCAAGGGUUUUUUCCGCCGAAGCAUCCAGAAGAACAUGGUGUACACGUGUCACCGGGACAAGAACUGCAUUAUCAACAAGGUGACGAGGAACCGCUGUCAGUACUGCCGCCUGCAGAAGUGCUUUGGAGUGGGAAUGUCCAAAGAGUCUGUUCGAAACGACCGGAAUAAGAAGAAGAAGGAGAGCCCAAAGCCGGAGCUGGCAGAGAGCUACGAGCUGACAGCCGAGCUGGAGACCAUCAUUGAAAAGAUUCGCAAGGCCCAUCAAGAAACCUUCCCCUCCCUCUGCCAGCUUGGCAAAUACACCACGAACUCGAGUGCAGACCACCGUGUGAGGCUGGACCUGGGCCUGUGGGACAAGUUCAGCGAGCUGGCCACUAAGUGCAUUAUCAAGAUCGUGGAAUUUGCCAAACGAGUGCCUGGCUUCACAGCGCUGACCAUCGCGGACCAGAUCACGCUCCUGAAAGCUGCCUGCCUGGACAUUCUGAUCCUGCGCAUCUGUACGAGGUACACGCCCGACCAGGACACCAUGACCUUUUCGGAUGGGCUCACCCUCAACCGGACGCAGAUGCACAACGCUGGCUUCGGCCCGCUCACCGACUUGGUGUUCACUUUUGCCAACCAGCUGCUGCCCAUCGAGAUGGACGACACGGAGACAGGUCUCCUCAGUGCCAUCUGUCUCAUCUCCGGAGACCGUCAGGACCUGGAGGAGCCCUCUAAGGUGGACCAGCUCCAGGAGCCACUCCUGGAGGCUCUGAAGAUCUACGUGAGGAAGCGUCGGCCCAGCAAGCCGCACAUGUUCCCCAAAACCCUGAUGAAGAUCACAGACCUGCGCAGCAUCAGCGCUAAAGGAGCAGAGCGGGUCAUCUCUCUGAAGAUGGAGAUCCCGGGUUCCAUGCCGCCGCUCAUCCAGGAGAUGCUGGAGAACUCAGAGGGCCAAGAUGGCCAGAGCAGCAGUAGCAGUAGCAGCAGCAGUAGCAGCAGCAGUAACAGCAGCAGCAGCAGCAGCAGCAGCAGCACUUCAGCCGAGGUGGGGGCCAGCCCCAGCAGUAAGGGCAGCCCCAACGAGGACGCCGCCGCCGCUGAGUCGCCGGAGUCAGUGGACACCGAAGGGGCAACGGCCACACCUCCCAGCGACGAGCCCUAGGAGGCUGUCUCUGACAUUCCUUUGCACAAAAAAGGAACAGCCAGGCAAGGCGCCGCCCCCCUAUAACCCCUCUACCCCAACUCCUUUGCUUGGUAUUACGUUAUCUUUAUAUCCUCGUCCUAUUUUUCUCCCCUGUUCCCCUGAAAUUCUCUCCUUAAAAAGAAAACGUCAACACGGAGGCCUCAAAGGAUCAGUGCUUUGUGUAUAAUUCUGAAUUGAGCUCUUGUUUGCCGUGGUGUCUCUGGGACAGGGACUGCGACAGGAAGGGCGUGGCCCUCGCAAGCCGCCAGAGAUGAUACUCCUCAGGUCUCCUGUGUAAAUUCUUAUCUGCAUGACGGGAGUUUGAUAAGUGGUUUUACUCCUCCUCUCUCUCUUUUUCUCUGUCCUCAUCUCUUCUCAUCUCUCGUAUUGUUGGCAUACGUACAUUGUACAUACCAUUGUAUGGUUAGAUCUCUGUUUCUAUGAUGAAUUUUGUGGUGCUUUUUCAUUGUCUUAAAUAUUAUCUUUGAGGCGAUACAUCAAGGUGUAAAGCGGGACUAAUUGUAAGUCCUUCAAAAAGUUAUCUAGAAUGUUAUUGCAUAUAGACAUUAUGGAAGUCUAAUAUUUUAUAUUUGUUCCUAUAUUUAAAACGGUUUUUGUCUUUUAUAACACUUAUUGGUUCAUGUCUCUACAUGAAUGAGUGUGCAUCCACACCGCCAGAAUGCAAAUCUCUCCAUAUCGACAGCCGAGUCUGUUCAACUGUUUCUCAAAGGAGAGAAGCACAACAGCAGAAGUCUUUGGUACACACUCAUCAGGUUGGCCACGUCUGUUGAAGUCUCCGUCUCGACAUGAAUCACCGAGACCCGACAAACGAGAUUAGAUUCUGAAUAGGCCAGUCUAUGAAAUCAACUCAUCUGCUGGCUGUAUCUCCUCAGUAAAUCAGUUUACCUCACUGUCAAAACAAAUUGGGAAAAUUAGGUUGCUGAUAGAUGCCAGAGAUUUUUCUGCAACAGGCUGUGAUUGCAUAGGACGCCUUUUGUUUCCAUUUCCCUGUAACCCUAUACAUCAGCUGGACCGUGAUUCAGCUUAAACUGCUGCACUUUAUUAUCAUCAUCUGGUCAGUUAAGAGGUUUAACAACAAUUUGUUUCCCCUAAAUAAACAGUUUUCCUAUGGUAUCAUGCUUAUUUUCACUGGAAGAUGUCUGUCUUCACAUUACUUGCUAUGUGUUGCUCUAAUUUCCACCAACAUGAUUUUGUUGUUCAGUGGGGGGUAAAGUCUCAUCGUCAGGGAAACUAAUUUAUAAGAAAAUACCUAGAAUACACCCAACAGCCAGAGAAAAAUGUUGGCAUUAUACAUUUCUGCAAACCAGGAAUACGUUACGUUAACCAUUAUUUUGCAGCGGAUAUGUUAAAACUUGACGUCCCAACAACGCUGUGGUUAACGUGGUAAGUUUAAGGUACAAAAACAACUUGGUUAUUGUUAGGAAAAGAUCAUGUUUUGGCUUAAAAUACCUGGUUUGGGGAGUAGAAAGUAGCCUGGAAACAAGGAAACAACUGUUUUUCAUGGCGCUAUCCCACUGGAAAAACAGUGACAGGUCGCCAAAAAACAUCCACGUUGCACAAUCCUGGCAGGAAAGGCAGCAGUGUCUCAGGAAAAACAAUCACUUUUCAUGGCAUGGUGAAACACAGAGACAGACCACUGUGUGGUGGCUACAAAGCUGCUGGAAACACAACAACUCACGAAAAGUCGCUUUGAUGUGUGUUGGUCUUGAACAGUGGUCUGCAGGUCAGCAGGCGUUUAGCCUCGGUGUCACACCAUCCACCAUCCCCUCCACCUCCUGAUGACAAAGUCAGCUCAUAUACUACGUCACUUUAGAAAUGUUGAUAUGAUACAUAUGAAACGUAAAUGAGUUUGCAGAAACACACAAAGCCAACAUCUUCUUCUGGUGACUAACAACAAUUAAACUGAGAUGAAAAUAAAUCCUUAAAACGUCCGUCCCCAUUCUCUCUUUGCAGACUGGCAUGUUGCCCUCCUGUUAGCAAACAGAGCCAACAUUCAUCUCCUCUUACUGUACCUGGUAUUAAAUGAGUCUCUGUAACUUUUGCUGAAGAGCAGCCCAGGCAGUGCAGAAGCAUAGUAGAGUCACUCAGUAAUCUCACAACAGUUAGCAUAAACCACCAUAAGCUGAUGAGUUCAGCCUCACUCAGAUUUAUAAUCCAGUUUUAUUACAACUUCUUUUUAUUUUUUUUUUUUGUAGUUUUGUGUUUCCCUAACUUAGGGGGUGAUCACACAGAAA